UAAAACAAUGUGUGAAUAUAUAGUUUGUGCCAAAACUUAUUUGUUGUCACUAUUGUUGACACUAUCUCUUGUGUCCAAUGUUUGGGCUCAAGAAUAUUGCUAUACAUCUGGAGGUGUUUUCGGUAUAAUAGCCAUCAGUGUCUUCUGUACACUCUUCGUCAUUACUCUUGUAUUUGCUAUCAUUUGGAUUUUAUGGAUUAAAAAUCGGAUAAAAUUGGAUUUCAUAUUAAAAGCAAUGCAAAGACAAACAAAUAAAAUGACAAAAAAAGAUUUGGAGUCCAAUAAUAAAGAGGAUUACGCUUUUGACAAUCCAUACUUUGAUGAUCACGAAAGUGGACAUCAAAAGAGACAACAACAGGACCUACAAAAUGGACACAAACCAACUAAUAUAAUGAUGAUGACAGGAAAAUCUAAUGGAGGAAAUUCAAUAGAUUAUGGCAAUGAUAUAAAUGAUUCACAGAUAAAAUCGUGUGAAAAACAGAAAAGUCGUCAUUUAAUUAAUAGUCCGUUUGUGAAAAGUCUUCCGCUUUCGGCUGUCUUUCAUAACAUGAAUAUCUUGAAUAAGAAGUACAAACAGACAGAUAAUCACUCAAUGGAUGAUAAUUAUGUACAUAAGACAACAGAACGAAACGAUGUUGAGCUAACUGGUCGUGAUUUUACGGGAUUGGGAUUUAAUUUGUACGGAAAUAUGAGAGACGGUAUCUUUGUUAAGGAUGUGCUCAGCAGAGGACCAGCUAAUGAAUCGGGAAAAGUUAAAACAGGAGAUCGCAUAAUAAGCGUUACCGUAUCGUUUGAAUCAAUGGUUUUCGAUGACGCGGUCGCCAUACUUAGCUAUGCCUCACCGUAUAAUGUGAAGAUAACACUGGAAAAGGGUGACCACAACAACCUGUCCAUUGAUAAGUUGGGCCAUACGUUGAAUGUCAGUAAAAAUAUUACUGUAAAUACUCGCCAAACAUUAUUGCAUCCCAUCUACCGAAGCCAUUCUGUAGAUGACUUGACCCAAAUAAUCAAAGAUAUAUCACUGUCCGAAAAAAGUACAAAUUCUGAUGGAAAAAAUAUGAUACAAAAAAUUAAAACACAAAUUUUAAAUAAAAUUAAUGCCAAACACUUACCGAUUACUACUUCCAGUAUAACAAUACAGGAAAAUCCGGAAUAUAAGUUAAAUAAUAAAAUGUUGGCCAACGAUAAUAGUUUGGCAAAUGUGUCGACAAUGGACACCAUUGACAACAGUAUCGAUGAUAUCAAUAUAGAAAUAAUAUCUAAUAUUGAUAAUCAAACAAAUAUCAAAGUAAUUGAUGAAUUGUUUAAUGAAAGUCAAGAUAAUUUACAUAAGCCUGUGGUAAUACCUGUGGCGGCCAAACGUAAAAACAAAGCCCCACAACCUCCCAGUGAACUUACAACCACUUCAACAACAACAACAACAACUGAUCCCACAAAUUCUCGAUUCAUUAAUAAUCAACCAAAUGUCGAGACCAUCGAAACUACAGCUCUGGUUCAUAAUGUAGAAAGUUUGAGUCAAACAAAACUUCAAGACAUCUCGAGUACUGAUAGUUUAAAUGAAUUAACUCAGUCUACAACCUAUACAAUAGUUAAUGUUAUCAACAAUGAUGAAGACAAUGAUGAAGACAAUGAUGAAAAAAAUGAUGAAACUAAUGGUCAGAGUUGUCACAAUGCAAAUGUUUUCGAAGAAGUCACUUCAGUGCCAUCAGAUGUAGUGCCCGCUAAAGGCCAGAGUCCACAAACUAAACUGAAAUCUUCAUCAAUGAGUGAUCUAACGAAUCGCUGCCAUCAUAUGAAGUCAGUGCUGUUAGAGAGAGCUGUUUCUCUCGACAUGAAUGGUCAAAGUCUUCCCGAAGAAAACUUAUCAAACAUUCACACACACAAUGUGUUUGAAUUAAAUGAUGAAAAUGUAGACUCAAUGCCAAUCAUGAAUUGGUCGCUAAAUAAACAGAUGACCGAAGUUGAUAUCAAUUCGUCGGACAGUACUUUAGAUGAUAUUAACAAUAGUUUAGUUAAUACAACAACAGAUUUAAGUCAAAAUGUGAUUACCAAUGGUUUAGACGAUACAAUAAGUUUUACCAUUAGUUUAGAUAAUGAUGGGACUAAUAAAUAUGAAUUGCCUGAUGAAGUUGUCGUCACUUCAUUACCAAUCGUCACAUCGACACCUAUGAAGUCAAAUGUUGUCACAAUUGAUCAAUCAGAUGAUGAUCAUCCAAGUCCUGGAAUAAUGUCUAUUCAAGAGACAAAUGAUGACAAUUCAGAUAAGACAGUAAUUAUAAUUAAUGAUAAUAAAAAUAUUAGUCACAUUGAUGUAGAGGCUGAUGAUAAUCAAUCAUUGAUUCAAUUGAUUAAAACAAAUGACGACAAUAAGACAGCCACUACUACUGUUGCCGCCACUGAUGUGAUUGAAAAACAAAUCCAUCCAAAUAAUAGCAAUAAUAAUAAUCACAAUAAUAAUAACAAUAAUAGCAAGAAAUCGGCUGUUUAUCAAAUAAAAAAGUCGGAUCUAAUGGGACUCACAAAUGAUUCACUUGAUUUCGAAUCGUGGAGUUAUUUAAGCGAAGAUGAAAACAACUCGACAACGACACCGACUACUGCUGAAGAAGAGGAAGAACCUACUCUUUAUAAGACAGCAUUGGAUGUCAAUCUGACGACAUGUUCGGAAGAUAUGGAAGCAGACAUUGUUGUCAACAACACUAACAAACCGCCCGAAGUCGCGGCCGUCCAGUUGAAGAACGGCCAAAACGAACAACCGGUGAAUACUGUAAUUAUAUCGACAAAGGUUUCAUUGGAUCCGUCCAUUGAUUCUUCAUUAUCUUUGUCGACCACAAAAUAA